CAGAAGAAGUCAAAGCGGAACCCAAACGCUUUGACUUGCGAAACUCGGAUUUGUUUAUUGGUGACACCGUGGGAACAGCUGUUUUGAUCGGCUAGUUCCUAGCUACAGCAGGAUUGCUGGCUUUUUACGUUGAUCAAACAAUAUCACGUUUUCAAUUUCAUUUCUUUUUAUACAUCACUGGCUGACCGGGAGCCUGUCACCAUGGAGCCUGCCUGCCGUAAAGACAAGUCAAAGCUGAACUCUACCCCGACCAGAGGAGACAGAGCCAGACAGAAGUCUGCACAGCAAGAGCUCAAACAGCGACAGAGAGCAGAGAUUUAUGCGUUGAACAAGGUAAUGACAGAGUUGGAGCAGCAGCAGUUUGAGACCUUCUGUAAACAGAUGCAGUCACAAGGAGAAUGAUGUCUUUCUGCCUUCCCCUUUCACCUGGACCAGGAUCCUUCCCCCCCCACAAACACCAUGUGCGCACACUAUUAAGGACACACAACCAAACACUCAUACUUAAGGCUUUUACACACACCAGGAACGCGGCGAAUGAACGAGAAGAAUAUGCAAAAAUACUUGCCUGCUAAUGUGUCACUUCAAAACUGUUGAUAGGAUGACGAUAGCAGGAUCCAAUAUGCGAAUUGCGACUGGUAGAAGAACAGUGCGUUCUUGCAGAGCUCCGGGAUCUUUGGAGUUGUACAGAUAUAUUACAGCUUCAGUUCCCAGUCGGUAAAUCCAACACACACAGCAGUCCAUCGGUGCAGGGAGCGAUCAAUGUCACCCAUCACCAGUCACCUUUGUCCUUUGUCAUAUUGUCUACAUAAUUUUGUUGUCCUUCUUCAUAUAAUACAGUGAUUGAUUGAUUGAUUGAUUGAUUGAUUGAUGCCCUCAUUUGCAGUGCAAAAGUUCAGAAAAAUCAAUCUCAUUCAGAAUUUUUUUUUUGCUUUUCACAGUGUAGUAUUCGCCGUCUGUGUGCCAAUACUGACAAAAACAUUAGUUUGGAAAAAAGACAUUGUUGACGUCCGAUGUGUAAAGGCCUUGAGACCUACAUUCAGCAAGACAAUCUUUGUUCAGCUGACUCUGAAAAGCUGUACUGUUGAGGUCCUGCGCUUAAAUCUCAACCUUUGUUACAUUCAUGUAAAUUAAUAUGAGCCUCUAUGCUCUUAUUUUACAGUACUGUCAAAAAAGUUUUUUUUGAGAGCUGAUUUAAAUUGAUUUGGCCGAACACAGAUUAUAAGCUGUAUUCUGAUCCUUCCUGUGCUAAGGAGGGACAGAUGUUAUCAGUGUUGUCAGCUUGUCGGAGACCUAUAACUUAAGGCACAGCUGUAUAACCACUGGGAAGUGUGUAGAUAUAAAUUAAGCUGCAUUUAGUUACUUUUGAUCAUUACGGACCCCAUACAAAGAAACUUUUAGUAUGCAAUGAAGUUUAAACAAUCAAGCUGAACACUACCCACCCAUGUGUAUUUGUUACUAACAGGCGGAUGAAGCCCUCUGAAGCUUUGGCGCUUCCUUUUGGAUUGUGCCAAAACAUUAUCCGUAGUUUUUGGGCCUUAGACUCAGUGAGCAGUUGCAGCAGCCCUUCAAGACCGGAGCCAAAGCACUGCAACACCUCACUGUAUUUACAGUUUCAAUCUCAUGGGUGCAAGAAGUAAAAUACAAGAAGUUAAUGUGUUAUUUAUUAAACCGCAGGACGCUUG